ACGCCAUCCAACUUGGCCUCUUCCGCGUGCGUACAGGGGAUCUGGCCGCGAGGCGCAGCCCUUCCCCGCUUGUAAUUGGGAUCCAUCUCACCUGUACUGCGUCUGUGCGCCGGCGCAGCCCGCGCGCCGCAUCGAGAAGGCGCCUCCACAGCCAUGACGGGUAAAACUUUUAUAGCGCCCCUAGCGCCGGCCACGCCGACCAAGAAGACGCCAGAGGAGGCGCCGGCGACGCCGGAGGCCGUGCGCGUCGAGCCCCAGCUGGCCGGCGGCGAGAGCUGGGGCGAUGGGCUCGAGGCGAUCAAGUCCAACAAUGUGGUGGUGGGUUUGAAUCUGAUCCAGCCGGCGGAAUCACACGCGUGUCGGCCCGCGCGCGCGUCGGACGAGGACCUGAAUGAGAGCCGGGAGGCGGAUGUGGUUGUCGAGGCACCGCUCGGCCCUUUGCUGUUCCGGGGCAAGAUGCCCACGUCCAGGAUACUCUGCGAACGAGCGGGCAGCAAGGUCUGCGUGGGCAAGUCGCGAGGCAAGAAAUGUGUGGUCAAGACCUUCUCCCCGAAGACCGCGGCUGCUGGUUGCCGGGAACUCGUGUUACUGAAAGCUGCGCAAGGUCCUAGAAUAGUGCAGUUGCUCGGCGCGGCCUUUGCCCAAACACAGCCGACCAUAGUGAUGGAGUUUUGUAGCCGAGGAACGCUAGAUGACGCUGUGAGGAACUGGCUGGAUGUAAGAGGCGCAAGGAGGGUCGCUGCACAUGUCGCGGAAGCCUUGGCGCACUUACACUCGUUACGGCCGGCAAUAGUCCAUAGAGACGUGAAACCCAAAAACGUGCUGAUCUGUCGGGACGGUUCCGCAAAAUUGGCAGAUUUUGGACUGGCGCGACCCUUCCCCGGAAGAACAGCCAAUGAUCAAUAUGUGAUGACGGGCGAGACGGGGACCGUACGAUGGAUGGCGCCGGAAGCGUUUCGAGGCGACCCCUACUCGCUGAAAGUUGAUAUAUACUCGUGGGCCAUGGUAGCAUGGUUUGCCCUGUGCGGGCAGGCGCCCUACGCGGAAAAAACUUUGAAGGACCUGCGGCGGACGCACCUCGAGCUGCACGACCGGCCUCCUUUGAAGGGCCGGCCAACCAAUAGUGGAGUGGCGUCUCUGUUGAGCCUGGCGUGGGCCGAGGCGCCCGGCGACCGGCCCGAGGCCGCGUCUCUUUCUAGAGCGCUGGCGCCCUUCUCCGUGAAAAGGCGGCGGCUCCUGCCGUUCUGGUAGGAAAACAUUCCCGAGUCCUUGUUGUGGACCAAAGACCGCGGGCUGGCGGCGCGCCGGUUUCGUACGCGCGCCCGAGGACGUCCAGCUAGCAACUUCCCCUUCUCUUCUGCUGUAAAUAAAAUUACCUAAAAGCCAA